GUAGAACGGAAGCAUUGUGUGAAUAAAUUUUGCUGAACGUGGAACAUUUUUCCUUGCGGCGAUGGGGAUUCUGGUUCACGUGUUGUUACAAGCCAUGGCCGUCAUGACCAACCUGACCCAGAUGGAUCCAAAGUUUGAGCCACUUCUAGGUUCUUUGUCGAAAAAUUCAAUACCUCUGGAAAUCCAGAAACCUGUCGUCAUUCCUGAUGCUAGCAGCACAAGUGCCCCUGUGUCUGAUGAUGCUGGCAGAAACCCUAAGGCGGUUCCACAGCUCACAGGGGAUUUGGCUCAGUAUCAGUCUUACAUUCAGCAAGGUCAAGAAACUCUCGCGGAAAUCAAGGAGUUGAUGAACCGCGAUGGCUGGAAAACUUCGCGGAAAGAUAAAGUUGGGACUAUUGUCAAGUACUUAUUUCACCCGAAGUACAACCGCAGAAUUUUCAUGACAACUGCGGUUUUUCCGGCCCCGCCAGAAAUUCUAUACCGCGUCAUCUGGACCGAAGGAGGCGAAAUGCACAAAUGGAAUCCCAAGAUCGAAGAUGUAGAAAUCUUGCAGCCCAUUGGAGACAUCGCCCAAAUUUCAAGGCAAGUAGCAGCCAACGAAGCUGGAGGCAUCGUGACGCAGCGUGACUUCGUUGUUUUAAAUGAACGCGACGAGGAGGACGGGCCUCUCGGCAAGAUUUACUACGUGGCCUACGUAUCAACAGAAUGGCCCGGAAGACCACCUUUGGAGGAUUUUGUGAGGGCGGAAAAUGGACCGAGUGGGUUCAGAUUCGAACCGAUUGAAGGCAACCCAGACGCAACGAAGGUCACUUGGAUCUUCAACGCGGAUUUGAAGUUUGAUCACUUGCCAGCGACGAUGCUCAACGCAGUUUUGCCGGCGUCGACACUUAAUUACAUGAGCUCGCUGCGAAAACAUCUUGAGGAGAUGAAAUCAAAAGGAGAAUUUUAGUAGUUCCCCUCUUGAGAAAGAAAGCAUGAUUUCCAGCAUUUUUUUUUUUUUUUUAGGAUGUACGUUAAGUUUCGAAUUUUCGAAUCUCAGAAAAGACGGGAGGAACCAGGAGGAAAAGUUCGAUAACUGAAGCACUCUAGUCUCGCUGAAAGACAAGAAUCGGGGAAGGGAAGAAAUGAAAGAGAUUUAUCAACUGUGAAUGAAAAUUUAGGUGAGUAUCUCGCUGAAGAAGCCCUGCUGUAAUAUUCAGCUUGUCAUUGAUGAGUUGGGCAUUUUUCGAGCGAGAGACGAAUAAUUUAUUCAGCUUGCGAGGCGAUCCGUCAAAAUUCUUGUAUUCCGCUUUUUAGCAUUGUGAAGAAUCAUUUCAGUGCAUCGCGAUGUUGUUUUUCUGUUGUGUGUUUUAUAUAGCUUCGUGUUGAGAAUUUUAUUUUCCGUCGGUGUUCGCAAAAAGUGUAUGUGACGACCGGGAAUUUAAUCUGAAUGAAAGUUUGGAAGAUGGUUGUUUCUCUUCGA